AUGUCAUCUUCACAUUGUCUUGGUAAAUCUCGAGAUUCUCGACGAGAACGUGUAUCAAUACGUCGAGCAACUGUACCUAAUCUUGUUAAUGGAAAUCGCGAAACACAUUCCUUAAUUGAUGCUGUCAGUGCUCAAGACUAUGAUCGAGUACUUGAUCUUCUUCAGUCAGGUGUUGAUUCAUGUAUUACAGAUAAAUAUGGUCGCACUCCAUUGCAUGUUGCUUCAACAAAACUUGAUGCAGCUAUAGCAAAAGCAUUGAUCGAUCAUGGUGCUAAUGUUAAUGCUGAAGAUUCUCUUGGAAAUACUCCAUUACAUUUAGCUUGUAUUAGUGGUCGAUUAGCAAUAGUUGGUAUUCUUCUUCGGGCUGGUGCUACUUUAUCAGCAACAAAAAGUCGUGCAACACCAUUAACUCUUGCAUUAAGUCGUUUACAAUCGAUGAUGAAUGAAAAACGAACAAUAUCGUCACCAAAUGUAAAAGCUGAAAUUCUCGAAUUAAUUCGUUUACUUAAAAAUCGUGUUUCACAAACAGCUAAUAAUAAUAAUAAUUCUAUGACUGAUCUUUGUACACAAUUAGAAAAUUUAAAUUCAUCUUCAUCAGAAGAUUUUAAUUUAGAUCCUACAUUAUUUUCUAACUUAACAAUUUCUAUAUAUAAAAAUGCACAUUUGUAG